CCUCUCCCUUCUCAUGAAUGGCCAAAAAGGUUUAUGACGUGUAAUUGUUUUGUUUCUGAUAUGUCUAAAUUUUGAAUAUUGCGUUGUAAAUAAUGGUGUCAAUAAUUAUAGUUAGCAUUAAAAAGUUUACUUAGGGAUAUGACAGCGCAUUUUAAUAUAGACGAAGUAGUUAAACACGUAAAAACUAUUGCAGACAAUAAUCGCUGUGGCGUCUGCGAUAAACUGUCUGGUGAUAGACUGCGAUAUUCUUGCGGACACAUAAUAUGUGGCGAAUGCGUAAUAGUAGCGGAUGAAUGUUUAACUUGUAUUAAUAGUACAAAAACACAGCCUGUGGUUGACCUGGUUCAGGGGCAACUUGUGCAAAAUGUAUCAAAUCUUCUAAGUACAUUUCAGGAAGCAUUUAAUAUAGACGUAUACAGGAGAUACAGACUUUCGGAAAAAUUGAGAAUUGAAAAUCAAUUAUUCCCAGAAUGUAUUCAAGCUUCAGUUAAAUAUUAUAACAAAAGAAAGAGUUCCAACAUUCAAACAAGUGAUGACAAGGAAAAUUUAGUACCUUCAUUUUUUGCUGGUGAGGGAUUGAAUAACUCGCAUUCCACAACAAUGAACACUAGAAUAAAUUUAGUACAAAAAUGGCUUGAAAAAAAUGAAAAUGUGGAAAAACCAGUAAGAAAACCAUUUUCAGAUAUCAAUGUAAAUAAUUCAAUUAGAACCAAUAGAGAAAAUAAGUUCAAAAAAGGUCUUAAACUGCAUAAUCAAGAAAAUGAUUUGAAUAAGAAAUCAAAGAAAAUAAAAAAAGAAAAGAACUACUCUAAAAAUAAGAAAAAUUCAAAGAAUGUAUUAAGUCCCUCUUUGCUAAACUAUUAUAAGAAUGAAGCAAAAAAUAAAAGCGAACCAGAGAACAGCCUUAAUUUUAACAAGAAAUCAUCAAAAGUAGAAACUGAUUGUAGUAAGUAUGAAAAUAAUACUGAUGUUGAACUUGAUACUAUUAUAAUAGAAGACACACAAGUUGAUAAAGACAAAGAUGCAUGGCUAAAAGUUGUAGAAGAACAUAAUAAAGAAUCAAUUUAUAAUAUUAAGGACAUCCCAAAAAGCAUAGAACUAAAAGCUUUAUCUGAACCUCAAGAUGAGGUAAAACCAUACAGUAUCAAACAAAAAAAUGUUUAUUAUUAUAAAAAGUCUUAUCUUUUUAAAUCAUGUUAUUUUUGCUUAAAGAAUGAUGUUGGAAGUAUAAGAACAGAAAAUCAGAGGCUAAAUUCAAAUAAUGUAUCAAUAACUAUUAACACAAACAGUAUUUCCAGUACUAUUACAGUUUUAAGAGAAGAUGAAGACCAUAAUGAUACAGUAAUUGCCAAACAUUCAAUAGAAACUCAAACAGAUGAUGAUAUUCAUGUCAGUGUUGAACCAAAGCACUUAUCUCCUUCAUAUGAUAACAUUUCUAGUCCAGAUUUAUUUGUAGAUGAUGUAAACAAACAUGCAGACAUUCAUAAAGAAAACAUUAUUGAUAGAGACAUUGGAAUAACUGAUAAUUCUUAUUCUCAUUGUGUUAUAAAUGAUUCUGACAGUGAUGAUAUGGACUGUAGUGGUCCUAUUAAAGUUUCUGUGGAUGUUCACAGAUCUAAUGACAUGGAAGGUAUACUGUCUACAAUGGAGACUGCAGAUUACCAGACCAGAGUGAGGAGGUCGGCGCGUCGCCCAACAGUUGAUAGCAACAAUUCGUCGGAAAAGGAGAAUUUAGAACCAAACAGGAUUAAAAGGCGGAAACUUGGGAAGAAACAAGGACUAAAGAAAUGAUGAUUUGUUUUAUUAAUUUAUAAAAGUAAUUACUAAAUUUUCUUCUAAGCGAACUAACAUAAUGUUACAUUCCUGAUAUUUCUUUGGGCAAUAAUAAGUGGAUCCUUUUGAGGAAAACAGUUACAAUUCUUAUGAGAUUUCUUAAGAAAAGUAAUUUUUUCUUCAUAUUUAUCAAAGUGUUUUUAUAAAUUGUAUAGUUAUUUUAUUGAAU